AUGCUGUCGUUGGUAGAUGUUACAUCGAAUAUAAUUGAUCGGGAAGCAUUUGCUUCGUGUACAAAUGAUUAUACCCGCAUAAAACAACUUCUCUCAUCGUCUGAUUUUGUUUCUCAUCUUCAAAAAUCCUUACCACUAUUAUUAGAUGAACGAACAACCGAUUCCAAAUGCAUCAAAACAUCGAACGAAUACCGAGAGAAAGGCAAUGCAGCCUAUGCAUCACACAACGAUCAACUUGCUCUAUUACUUUAUAAUCAAGCUAUUCGCUACGCUCCACCCUAUUCUCGUGAACUUUCACUUGCUCUAGGAAAUCGUUCAGCAGUAUUGUCGAAUCUCAAACAUUACCAGCUAGCAUUGCAAGAUGUUCAUCAUGCCUUAGAUUUCCUAUCAUCCAAUGAAGAAGAUGAUACUCGACGACAACGUCUUGAACAACGCUUAUAUCAAUGUUUAAAACAUCAAUCCGAAGAAGCCGAGUCGAACCGUGAUAAACAUACCCAAUUGGAAAAUGAACUCACCGAAUUGAAAUCGAAUCAAACAUAUAAUGCAAAUUAUUCAAGUUUAACUUCUCACGCUGAUAUAAAAUAUGCAUCCGAUCGUGGUCGACAUGUCGUAUCAUCGAAUGUAUCUUCAACUUUAAAACCUGGUACUAUCAUCUUGGUCGAACAAGCCUACGCAUCAGUUUUACUACCAUCAGCAUGGUCAACUCAUUGUCAUACGUGUUUGCGUCGACUGCAUCUUCUUCUUUUCGUUUGUUCACAAUGUACACGAGCGGUUUACUGUUCAUCUGAAUGCUUACAACGUUCCAUAGUCUGGCACGCAUUCGAAUGUCGUUUAACAAUUGAUCGUCUCGACAAAAUGCAAUUCUUAGCAUUACGUUUAUUAACCAAAACAGGUUGGCAAUAUUUAUUGAAGCAUAAACUUCAAUUCGAAGAUUAUCUCAAACAAGACCAACCAGUUAACAAUGGACUUCAUUCUUACAAUCAAGAACAAGAAGUCUAUGAAUGGAAUGAUUACGAAAAUAUACUAAAACUCGAAACGAAUUCGCAUCGACGCUCAGUCGAUGAUUUACUUCAUCGAGCGGUACAAGCGUGUCUCAUUGGAAUAUCAUUGAUCAACAAUACAUCAUUUGCUCAGCAAGCCUAUGAAAACCUAGAUUAUCAAGUCUACAUUUGUUCGUUGCUUUUAUCUCAUCUUCAAUCGUUACCAUGUAAUGCACAUGAAAUAUCCGAAUUUAUUCACCAUCGUGCAGCACCGCUGUCAUCGUCAUGCAUUGAGAUAGGCGCAGGAAUUUAUGCGACAUUGAGUCUGUUCAAUCAUUCGUGCAAUCCAAAUGUUAUACGGAAUUUUAUUGGUGAUACAGUAGUGGUUCGUUUACUUGCCUCGAUCUCAUCCGAUAAUGUUGAAUUAACAGAUAAUUAUGGAUGUUUAUCGGCAAUGAUGGAAAAAGUUGAACGGCAGAAGAAACUUCAUGAACAAUAUCGUUUUCAAUGUCAAUGCCAGCCGUGUGUUGACCAAUGGCCAAACUAUGAUCAAUUGCCUGAAGGACUUGGUGCUGGAAUGACACCAUCGAAAGAAUUCGAUGAAGCUUUUCAACGUUUAGUUCAAGGAGAAAGUCCUACAAGAGAUGAUUUGAGCGUAUAUGAAGAUUUUAUCGAUCAAUGCGAUCGGCAAUGGCAAGACAAGAAGAAAAUCAAAGGAAAGGUCUAUAACAAUGCACAAGAAGCAUAUAAACAGUGUUUAAACUUUUUCUAUCAUUCAUUUCAUUCGGAAGAUUAG